AUGUCGAGCUCAUUUCCGCGCCCCAAGCGCGCAGGUGAAGAUUUUGCCAGUACCGACUACAAUGGCGGCGGCGAGGAUUCCUCAGAGCACAAGAAGCCCCGCUUCGACCUUCGCAACCCCUCAGCUCUUGCAGCCGAUGCGCCCGAAGAAGACGCAGUACUAGACGCCGAUGAAAUUGGCAGACGUGGCCAGAGAGUAAGACGCAAGGCGGUCAAUCUCGAGGGCUACGAAUCGGACAGCGAGAACGAAGGGUUUUCCGCGCAUAUAGAAGAGAAAUCCGCGCGCAAACGAGCCCAGCACGAUACGGAAGACGAUGAUAUGUUCGCCGAGCUACAAGAGGAUUUCGGCGAAGAGGAAGUCGAUGGCGACGAAGUUAUACAUAAGAAUAAAAAGUCCGUUCGCUUCCUACGAGACGACGAGAUCGAAGGUCAAGUCGCUUCUUCGAAAAGUGGAGGAGCGCUUCAUGUUGAUCUGAGCAAGGGUGCAUCUCAUAUUGAUGACGAGGAAAGUGGCAGUGAAGUUGGGGAAGAGGAACGCGCACGAGUCGACGACGUGGUGGACGAAGAACUUGGCGCGGGUGGGAAGAAAAAGCACGCACCUCUCCUGGAUGCCUUCAACAUGCGAACAGAACAAGAGGAGGGUCGAUUCGACGAUCAGGGCAACUAUGUUCGCAAAGCAGCAGACCCCGACGCGGCCUACGACUCGUGGCUGGAGGGCGUUUCCAAGAAGGAUAUCAAGAAGGCCAAAGAGGCUGCUGAGCAACGCGAUGCAGAGCGCAAAGAGAAGGACCGAAUGAACGACAGCAUUUUGACAGCGGAUGUCCUGAAGACGAUCAUCAUCAACCUCGAACGCGGCGAAACAAUACUUGAGGCACUGGCCCGACUGGGCAAAGGCCUUCCCCGAAAGCCUAAGUGGCAAAACAAGAAGAACAAGAAGAACGCUGCGCAGGAUAUCGAGAUGACGGAUGAGGACCCCAAUGAGGUGGCUCGGAAGAAGGCAAUUGAUUCUCUUACUGGCGCCGCAGAUAUCUUGAUGGGCCGCGGCCAAAUAGAUAUCUAUGACACAGAGCGCGAAAUGCUCACGCGGCAGUAUCGCAACGACACGGGUGAGGAAUGGGUUGACCCUCCUGCGAGCGGAGUGACUGAGCAAGGUCCGGCCAUGUGGGAAUACAGGUGGUCAGACGCUAGAGAUGGAGGGGAUGCCCAUGGGCCAUAUGACAGCGCGAUGAUGGACUCAUGGAAGAAUGCUGGCUACUUUGGCGAAGGUGUUGAGUUUCGUCGAGUUGGAGAUUCAGGGCCAUGGUCCGGCACUGUUAAUUUCUUGUAA